UCUCUCUCUCUCUCUCUCCGCUUCCUAUUCUGGUUUCUCUUCCCCACUUCUUUAUUAAUCUCCCCUCAUUGAAUCUUGAAACUUAGAAACCUAACCCUAUUCUCUCUCCAUUUUGCACAAACUCAGAACCGUCCUAAAACCAUUCCUUUUUUCCCCAUCUUCUUCACGAUUUUUGAGCCUUUUAUAACAGCCCAUGUUCAGAAGAUCAUUCCAUUACCAGAAACUUUGGUUUCUUUUGAUCUGCAUUGGACGCGGACGGUUCUGAUUUGAUCACAGACAAAGACUCGUGAUAAAAGAGAGAGAAGAUAUACAGGGGAAGGUUUCUUUCAAUCUCUAAAGGAGUGGGUAUGUAUUCGGCAGAUUCUUUUUGUCGAUGUUUCUUAUGGUAUAACGUCCUGGAAAUGUACUAUGGAGCGUUGAUUGAGUGUUUAUUUGCGGGUCCCAGUUGUGGAAUUAUGCUUUUCCCAAUCUCAUGAUUUGAGGGUUAAAGAUGGGGCUGUGGUGACUGUUUCAUGUGGAUUCCAAACUGAGCAGACCAGGAGGGGAUGUGGAGGUACAUGCCAGCUGUAGCACAGGGUUGCUAUUUAUAUAAAACUCAGUAGCAGAGUUGGGGAAUUGGCUUGAGUGGGAGUGUUUAGUCUUAUUCUUGGUUGUCACUCCAUCUGAGAUUCCUUGCUGCCUGCAAGUGAUAUCUUUUGUCCUUGAAAUGCCUGCCUUUCCUUCCAAGUUUCCUUUCAGGGCCUGUUUCCACAUCUGGAAAUAAGUUAGGUUUUAAAUUCUCUUGGAAUUUAGUCUGAAUAUUACUCUAUAAAUCAGUAACAAUGGCUGUCUAGUGCACAGCGCAAGGGGCUUAAGAUGGCUUUCUAUUCUGCGGAGGAACAAACAGAGGAUUACCUUUUCAAGAUCGUCUUAGUUGGUGAUUCAGCUGUUGGAAAAUCAAACUUGCUUGCUAGAUUUGCCAGAGAUGAAUUUUAUCCAAACUCAAAAUCAACAAUAGGAGUAGAAUUCCAGACACAGAAGGUUGAAAUUAAUGGGAAGGAAGUCAAAGCUCAGAUAUGGGAUACAGCUGGUCAGGAGCGUUUUAGGGCUGUUACAUCUGCAUAUUACAGAGGUGCAGUGGGAGCUCUUCUUGUGUAUGACAUCAGUAGGCGACAGACAUUUGAUAGCAUUGGCAGAUGGCUUAAUGAACUUCACACGCACUCUGACAUGAAUGUUGUUACAAUACUUGUUGGGAACAAAUCUGAUCUCAAAGAUGCCAGGGAGGUCAGCACUGCUGAAGGCAAAGCCUUGGCCGAGGCACAGGGCCUUUUUUUCAUCGAAACUUCAGCUUUGGAUUCAUCUAAUGUAGCUGCUGCUUUUCAGACGGUGGUUAAAGAGAUUUACAACAUCUUGAGCCGAAAGGUUAUUCAAUCUCAAGAGCUCAAGCAAAAGGAUCCUAGCUCGAUUGGAAAUGGAAAGACUGUGGUUCUACAGGCAGAUGGGAACCAAGAUGCAGAUGAGCAAAGUAAAAAAGGUCGGUGCUGUUCAUCGUGAGGUUGGGCAUUGUAAAGACAUUCUUCUCUCUGUGAUCUGAAUGUCUCAAAUCCCUUUUGGCAAUUCUGUUGUAGUUCGCUUUCCUGAUUGUGAACCAAUUCCUUGUUAGUGUUGAAACAGCAGGGAAAGUGUCUUUUGAUAGCGUUCAGGGGGCUAUAGGUGAAACUGUACCCACAAGAGUGUAAAUGACCUGUGAGAGGUUACAAGAUUUUGUUUUUGUUCUCCGAUUUUUUUGCCUUCUGUCCGGUUUGUUUGAAUUUGUAUGGUUAUAUGUACCCUUGUAAAGUAUGUUAAUUUCAUGGAUCCUCUCCAUGUCAUAUUCGUUUAUAAUAGAAUCUCUAGUUAUACGUAGCAAA